AUGUCUCUGUUCUACAGUUGUGAUAUUGCCGGCGACAUCUACCAAAAAGAAGAACAUAAGGACGAAAUUGAUCUCGAAUUACAUCGAUUGGAGCUGGAAUGGCGUGGUUUUGAAAUUCAAUCCAUGCGAGCAAAAGUGAAAUACUAUAGAUAUCUCUCACAAAAAGUGGACGAACUUAGUUCUCAACAGGAAAUCGUGAAAAUUUACAACAAUAUGAAAUGA